GUAGUGUGCUUGAGAGAAGAACCAAGAACCGUGCUCGGCAUGCACAUUGUUGGCCCCAAUGCAGCAGAGAUUAUUCAAGGCUACGCCAUUGCUGUAAAAGCUGGAAUAACUUUUGAUCAGUUGAUUGAUACCACUGCUAUUCACCCAUGUAGCUCCGAAGAGUUUGUGAAGAUGCAGAUCACAAAGCGAUCCGGAAAAGAUCCUAGGGUGCAGGGUUGCUGCGGCUAG